UCGUUACAACCGAGGUAUGCAGCAAAGCAUUUGUGAAGCCACAACCUUGAGGCGGAUGGGCUAUGUUGUGAAAAAAAUGCAGUUUGUUCAGCUAUACCCAAUACCCCGGGGUCUCCUCCCAGUGGGGGACAGGGGUUAUUUAAUGCUAAUCCGGCUUGCCAUAGGCGCGUCUAUGCUCAGAUACCGUUGGCGGCUUGUGAUGACGUCACCGCUCGCUCGCGCCGGCUUUUCCCUCAUUGACGUUUCAGCGUCGAGUUUUCUGAGGCGAUGACAGCAGCUCACGGCGCAGCGGGAGAGAAAGAUGGAUGUUAAAAAGGAAAGAAAGCAUAUUCACACGAAUUGAAGCACAAAUGAGAGUGAGAUUUGGUUCUGUCUGCAAUCUCAGCACACACACUCACAGGACCUGAUGGAAGUGAAGGAGGAGAGUGAAGAACUGAGUGAAGUGGAGGAGGAACAUCGUGUCAAACCUGGAAAAAAUCGCUUGAAGACUAAAAAUACAUUUUUAAAGAAAAGAGACAAAUCUUUCUCCUGCACUCAGUGUGGAAAGAGUUUCACAACCAAAGCUAGUCUUGAGCGUCACGUUAGGGUCCACACUGGAGAAAGGCCCUUCAAAUGUGAUCAGUGCGGGAAGAACUUCACAUACAAAGAAAAUCUUGAGUCUCACAUGAUAGUUCAUUCUGGAGAAAAGCCGUACGCAUGUGAUCAGUGUAAAAAUAGUUUCGCAAGAAAAGGAAAUCUUAAGAGGCACAUGAGAAGCCACACUGGAGAGAAGCCGUUCACAUGUGAUCAUUGCGGGAAGAGCUUCUCACAAAAAAAUAAUCUUAUGUUGCACACGAUGAUCCACACCGGAGAGAAGCCGUUCACAUGUGAUCAGUGUGGGAAGAGUUUCAUUCUAUCAGCAUACCUUAAAGAACACAUGAGGAUCCACACAGGAGAGAAGCCGUUUAUUUGUGAACAGUGUGGAAAGAGUUUCACACACAAACAUAGUCUUGUACUUCACAAUAGACUUCAUACUGGAGAGAGGCCGUUCACAUGUGAUCAGUGUGGCAAAUCAUUUCUUAGUGCAGGAGCCCUGAAGAUACACCUGAGUGUUCAUACGAAGGAGAAGCCGCAUUCAUGUUCUGUGUGUGGAAAGAGUUUUUCACUGCGGCAAUAUUUACAUAGACAUCAGAAAACUCACGCUGGUGUGAGAGAGUACAUGUGCUUUGAGUGUGAGAAGACUUUUACUACACCAACUUGUUUAAAAGUGCAUCAGAUGAUCCACACUGGAGAAAAACCUUACAAGUGUUCACACUGCGACAAGAGAUUCAAUCGGUCAGCAAAUCUGAAAACACAUGAGAUGAUCCACACUGGAGAAAAACCUUACAAGUGUUCACACUGUGACCAGAGAUUCAGUCGGUCAUCAUUUCUGAAAACACAUGAGAGGAUCCACACUGGAGAGAAGCCAUACAAGUGUUCACACUGCGACAAGAGAUUUGCUCUGUCAACAAAUUUGAAAAUACACGAGAGAAUCCACACUGGAGAAAAACCUUACAAGUGUUCACACUGUGACAAAAGAUUUGGUCUGUCAACAAAUCUGAAAAUACAUGAGAGGAUCCACUCUGGAGAAAAACCAUACAAAUGUUUACAAUGCGACAAGAGAUUCAGUCUGUCCACAAAUCGGAAGAAACAUGAGAGGAUCCACAGUAGAGAGAAGCGCCACACGUGUGAUCAGUGCGGGAAAAGGUUUUAUUUUAAAAGUCACCUGAAGCUACACCUGAAGAUCCAUGCAGUGGAGAAACCACAUAAACGCAGUCUGAGAUCACGACCUGAUGGACGUGGACAAAAACAGAAGCCAAUAAAUUGCCCUCAGUGUAAAAAACGUUUCUUAAGUAAAUCAAGGCUGAAGAUUCACAUGAGAGUUCACACUGGGAAGAAGCGGCUCAGGGUUUCUCUCUGAAAUCUCAUCUUAUUCUGAAGAAAGACCGUUUAACUGUGAUCAGUGCGGUAAAUUGGGCAUCAGUCCUGAAGAAAGAACAGAAGAUUCAAUCAAAGGAGAAUAUUCAUCCUUAAUAUUACGGAAGACACGGCUUUGUGUUUCACUACAGAAGAUGAACUGAAGACCUCCAGAAAAUUCACACUGGAGAAGAAGGCCAUAACACUUUUAAGAGAUGUGAAUCUGAUAUACAUAUACUCAUUCUUCAUUGUUUUUCAUUAGAACGUCUAGUUUCUCUUCCUCUUCUACUCUUCCAUGCAAAUCCAAGAUAAACUUAUGUGUGUUUAAGUUUGGCUUUGGCAUAACUUUGGCUCUUAUAAGAAAGAGAAGAGAGAGAUCUGUCUCAUUGACGUUCACUUAAUGUUUGUAUUUGUUUUCGAUUGAUUAAACUCUUUACUCGUGUU